AUGGUCAAUGCCAAGAGCUUCAUCGCCGCUCUGGCCUGUGCCAGCUUGACAGCAGUUCAGGCUGGGCCUUGCCGACCGUCCACGACGCAGUCCACUGAUACCGCGGUCACUUCAUCAACCGAGUCUGCGUCUUCGACCGUGAUCUCCUCUGCCGACACCACGACCGAGCUGACCUCGACAACUGAGGUCUCUACCUCUGCGGCCUCCUCGACAUCAGAGCUAGCCACCACCACCACUACUGCUGUGGAGACCACAUCAUCGGCUUCCACGACUGCAGAGUCAACCGCUACGACCGCGACGGCUUGCCCUACCCCGAUCUCUUGCAACAACCUCGGCUUCGAUUGGGCCUACUACAGCAACCCGGCCCAGAAUACUGAUACCACCUACUCGAACUUUCAUCCUGUUUCGUUCAAGAGAGUAAACCCGCUUUACGUUGGCACCACACCAUAUGUUGGAGGUCUCUACCAACCCGGCUCUCAGAAUGCUCCUGGUCCCAUCUACGGCUCAGCGACAGACCUUAACCUGGACUACUUCGCCCUGAACCAUCACGGCUACAUCUACGCCUGUGAAACAGGAACGUACCAGUUCAACAUCCCUUACGCCAAUGACGCUGUUUACCUAUGGCUUGGUGCUAAGGCCUAUAUUGGCUGGACUGAGACUAAUGCCGAUGCCAAGGCUCGCUACAACCAGCCUGAUCACAUCGCUGGGUCAGCAUCCUUCAGUGUUGAUGUGCCCGCUGGCACUUAUGUGCCCAUUCGGUUUGUCUACGGCCAAGCCCAGUACGGUGGUGGCUUCUACUUCACUAUCACGACCCCUAACGGCCAAGUGAUUGCUAGCAACGAGGCGACUUCUAGCCCAUAUGUCGUUCGAUACUCGUGCGAUGGCAUUGUCGCACCUCGAUACCCUGCAUUCGGACAGGAGAUUUAG